GAUCCCCGUGAUGAACUUUCGUGGGUCUAGACUCAAGUACGGACACAAACAACGCUAUUAAUGAAAUGAAAUGUCCUGAUCUCGACUGUAGCCUUCGGGAUCCGGAGAAAAUACAAUCACCCGCGUUCUAGUUUACCGUUACCGAAUUCAUACCAAAAGAUUAGAGAUUGCUGCAAAAGAGACAGAAAAAUUCUCAGCUGUAUUCCACAAACCAAGAAUCCGAAUUUUACAUCGGUCGCCUUUACCACACAAACUCAGGGUUUCGCAGUGGCUCCGAUUAGCAUCUUUUUGACAUCUUGCUUAGUUGCGGGUGACUUGAAGAAGAGUAAUGGCAUCAUCUGAUGACGAGGCUGAUGGCUUGCCACAAUGGGUUUCAAAUUACUAUUUUGAAGAUGACAAGGACGAACCGAUUUCAUUUGCUGUUUUGCCAAUUCAAUGGAAAGAGGGCGAGAGUCAAUAUGGCAACAAAGAACUCAUAUUCCUGCAUGGAACGACUGACAAUGGACUUCAAAAAAUAUAUAAGCAUGUGAUUGCGUGGAGGUUUGAUCUUUCCGAUGUGAAUCCUCAGAUAUAUGUACUCUCUAAGGAAAACAAUUGGAUCAAACUUCAGAAACCUAGAAAAAGCUUCGAGGAUAUAAUUAGGACAAUUCUGAUAACAGUGCACUGCCUUCAUUUCCUGAAGAAAAAUCCCGAAGCAUCUGGAAAAUCUUUGUGGGAUCACUUGUCUAAAGUCUUCAGCUUGUAUGAGGUCAGACCUUCUCAGAUUGAUCUAGCGGACCACUUGCCUCUGCUUAGGGAAGCUGUUACUAGGGAUGACACCUUAGCAAAGUCCAAGUUUUUAUGUACAUUUCUCAAUGAGAGUCCCGGGAAAACGAAACUAUGCGACGAGAACGUUCAAAUGACAGCAAUGUCUGGAUUUAUAGUCGAUGAUGUGGAUGAUGAGCUUUUGGAUGAAGAAGACGAUGAGUCCAAUGAAGUUGAGGAUGUGUUUGAUUCUGUUUGUGCAUUUUGCGAUAAUGGUGGUAAUAUUUUGUGCUGUGACGGAAGGUGCAUGAGGUCGUUUCAUGCAACCGAAGAGGAUGCAGAUACAUGUGAAUCUCUUGGCCUUUUGCAAGAAGAAGUAGAUGGGUUGCCAACCUUCGUAUGCAAAAAUUGCGAGUAUAAACAGCAUCAGUGCUUUGCUUGUGGAAAGUUGGGCUCUUCUGAUAAGUUUUCAGGUGCUGAGGUCUUCCCCUGUGUUAAUGCAACAUGUGGCUAUUUUUAUCAUCCAUGCUGUGUGGCAAAAUUGCUCCAUGAGGAGAAUAAAGCCGCUGCUGAAGAGCUUGAGAAAACGAUUGCUGCAGGGGGAUCUUUUACAUGCCCAAUCCAUAAGUGCUGUGUUUGUAAACAAGGAGAGAAUAAGAAGGAUCUUCAAUUGCAGCUUGCUGUAUGCAGACGUUGUCCUAAUUCAUACCACAGGAAAUGCUUGCCAAGGGAGAUUGCUUUUGAAGAUAUAGAUGAUGAAGAUAUUAUUCAAAGGGCUUGGGAAGGGCUACUACCCAACCGUAUAUUAAUAUAUUGCUUAAAACAUGAGAUUGAUGGAGAACUUGGUACUCCAGUACGAGAUCACAUAAAAUUCCCUGGUAUUGUGACUGCAGUUGAGAAAAAGAAGGAAACCAUGGAAGAAACAAAAAAGAAAGCAUCAGAUUUUGUUGGAAACAAAGUGAGAGAUUUUUCAAAAAAGAAAAAUCUUGCCAUAGAGAACUUGUCCCCGAGAAGAAAUGCUUUGAAAACAGCUAAACAGAAUCUGAAGUUAUCCUCAUCGAAAAAUAGUAAGAAAAUAGUAUCUGUAUCAGAUAUCUCAAGGAAAGGGAAUGUAAAUGCAUCAUCAAGAAAGCUUUUGCGUGGAAAUGCAAGGUCUGUCUCAAUAGAGGUGGAUAGGUCCUCCACUGCUGAUGAAAACAAACCAUCUCUUGGUAAUAGGUUAUAUGACUUCAUGAAGGGAUCUGGGCAAGUUAAGCCCAUAAAGCAAGAUACGCAUGAUGCUAAAGUUAGUAAAUCUGAGGCAGUUAAGCUAAGCACAAAGAAGCUGAGCAGUGCAGCGCCUUCAUUAGAUGCUGAUAGAGAGAGGAGCUUACUAGCUCUGAUGCGAGAUGCUGCAUCAUCAAUAACCUUAGAAGAGAUCAAGGAAAAGCACAAAGUUCCUUGUGGUUAUGCUUAUUCAUCAAAAUAUAACGUGGACAAGAACAUUACUUUAGGGAAGUUAGAGGGGUCAAUGGAGGCUAUUCGAGCUGCUUUAGGAAAGCUAGAGGAAGGCUUCAGUCUUGAGGAUGCAGAAGCUGUUUGUGAACCUGCCGUUCUGAAACAGAUAUUCAACUGGAAGCAAAAGCUCAGACUAUAUCUGGCACCUUUUCUUUAUGGUAAUCGUUACACAUCCUAUGGUCGACAUUUUACGAAAAUGGAGAAACUUCAAGAGAUUGUUGAUAAGCUCCAUUUGUAUGUACAGAAUGGUGACAUGAUAGUGGACUUCUGUUGUGGUGCUAAUGAUUUUAGCGUCCUGAUGAAGAAAAAACUGGAAGAGACAGGCAAGAAGUGCUCUUUCAGAAACUAUGAUAUCUUUCAAGCGAAGAUUGAUUUUAAUUUUGAGAAGAGGGACUGGAUGACCGUCCAACCAAAGGAGUUACCUACAGGAUCACGAUUAAUCAUGGGGCUAAAUCCUCCUUUUGGAGUAAGAGCAAGUUUGGCAAACAAAUUUAUUGACAAGGCUCUUGAAUUUAAUCCAAAGCUCCUUAUUCUUAUUGUUCCGCCAGAGACAGAAAGAUUAGAUAAAAAGAAACCACCUUAUGAUCUUGUUUGGGACGAUGAGCAGUCUUUAUCAGGAAAGUCAUUUUAUCUGCCUGGAUCAGUUGAUGACAAUGAAAAACAAAUGGAUCAGUGGAAUGUGAGGACACCUCCACUGUCUCUUUGGAGUCGUCACGACUGGUCUGCUAAACACAAAAUCAUUGCUGAAAAACAUGGUCACCUCUCCAAGCAACAAGAAGAAUUAGAUAUUGAAAAAAACCAUCCUGAGAAUAGAAUCCAUGAUCAUCCAGUUGACAGUCAUGAUCAUUGUGGUGUUAAUUCCGCAAUGAUUGAUGAUCUUCCCGCACAAACUGAUGGACCAGAAAAAAUCAGAGGUGGCACAGUUGUCAGCAAAUGUGAUAAAGAAAGCUCCCCGCGUAGCAAGGGUGAUGGGGAAAGCCUCCAGAAUGAGGGCUAUGUGAAGAAUCUGCCCAAAGGGUACUCUAAAAGAAAGAGGAAACAUGAUAAUGAAGAGUUAGGAAAACAAAAUGGUGAGAUAUCAUCAGAUAACAAAAUGGAUGGUGGAAGGCCUCGCCAUGCUUCACCCAAUAUAGUUGACAGCAGAUCUUCUUUGGAAAAUAGCCAAACCAAAUCUCGUGAGAUACCUUCACAUACUGAGAUUGGUGAGAAUGGCCAUCAGCAUUUUGAGCCGAGCACAUCUGGUUCUCGUUUGCAGUUUGCAGCAGCUUAUGGUGGGAACCAGGCCGGCAUUUCUGAUGAUAUGGGUAGAAUGUACUACAAGAGCGGCAACGUGUCCUACUCGAGUGGGACCCAUUGGCAGUCAAUGGAUGUCAGUCCGGGUUCUGAUUAUAGGGGCAGAAACUGGGAGGAACAACUUGCAGGGCGGUUGAGAGGCAGCUCAGACAGUCUUAGUCAUAGAUCUUACGGCACUAGAGUGGAAGAGAUGCCCACAAGGGACAGCGAUAUAAGGUCACAGGUUCGCCUUUAUGGGCAGCAGGACCCUGAUCUGCCAAGGCAUAAUUACUUAGCAGGUCAUGAUCAUCGAUACAGCCAGAUCGAAUCAAUGCCAUCUACUUAUGGUCAUCCAAGUAUGGCAGCUGACUUUUCAUCUUACAGGAUGAAUGCAUCCGCAGUUGACUUGUCUUACAGGAUGAAUACAUCGGCAAUGCAGCGAUAUGCACCCCGACUGGAUGAGCUGAAUCAGUUUGCAAGACCAAUGAAUACCUUCGGGUUCGAGCCCUCUAUUAUGAAUGUAAACGGCUUUUAUAAUUAUCCAGAAUCACAACCUCCUCGGUAUCAAAACAGUCCGAUGGGUUUUGUUCCCAAUCCUCGCCAUCCCUAUCCACACUGAAUUAAUUGAGUAGCUAUGGUGCCCAGUAGCUAUGGUGCCCACGUACCAUUUAGGCUUUAACCUAAGUUGUUGUCUUGCAAUGAGUUAUAUGUUCACACGCGAACCAUGUACGUUAUUACUGUAUGUUAUAUCCUUUCUGUUUAAACUA